UGUAGAUUCUCUUCUCUUCAACUGUAUAUAGAUUUCCUUUCUUUUCUUCACACGAGCCGUAGUGGUGAGGGUUGAGGGUUGAUGCUCGAUCGCGCCCAUCGUCGCCUCUACAAGUCGAGCGUUUGCCCUUUCCUCGUUUGCACCUUGACAACGCCUUUGUCGUUGCUUCCGUCUCCCUCACCGAGUGGGUCACUUGCUUCUACUGCAGGUGCAAUCGUGCGGCUGCCUUUGAUAAUAAUCACUGGAAGAGGCAGCUGCCUCCCACCUCUCAAUCUCUUCUCUUCUCUUCUCUUCUUCGUUGCCAACCUUCCGAACUUCCCCUCUACUCUACGAUGCAUCCAAACCUCAGAAGCCUCCAGACAUGGCGGAACAAGUCCCAUUCCUCGAGCCAUUGAAGACGGUUCACGAAAACCGCUCUGAGGAAGUAUUCGUCCAGGCCUUUGUCAUCGAGAUACCAGCCAAGUUGACGAGCAAGGCAUUGGGCAUCGUCAAGCCCGUCAUUCCCAGCGGCGGCAAACAUCCUUCAUUCAGUCACUUUCGGCGUGUAUGCUCUCUCUCACACCUACCUUUGGACUUGACAUGGCGCCGUGAUUACGACGCACGCGGCCUCCAAACCGUCUUUCUGUUGGUGCCAAACACCGUCGUGUCAUGGGACGAUAUCAAGGCCACGUUGGUGCCACACAUCGAUGUUGAAGGUCUUCCUCGAUGCUUCGACGCUGUAGUCCCACGCCACGCACCUCUGAGUGCCGAGCAAGCUGCCCUCUGGACGGAACGGUAUUGGCCAUCAAUCUACAACCCGGCUGCGCAGGUCAUUCAAGAUGCUCCACCUCUUCAUCACCUUCGGCGGAUACGAACUGUCCUCGAGGUCCCAGCCACAGAUACCUACAUGGAGCUCGCGAGGAGGGCUGCCGAUGCUUCCAAGGAGUACGGCCACGGAAGAGGCGUGGGUGCUGUGGUGGUAGAACCAGAAACUUCAACCAUCGUUGCUGUUGCCGGCGAUGCUCGUUGGUGGUCAGAUGAUCCAGCCAUCCAUCAGUCGCUGAUGGCAAACAAUGGAGAAGGAAGACCCGAAUAUCACGCCGUCAUGCGUGCUGUCGCCAUGGUUGCCAACAAGGAACUUCGUCGACGCAUCAGAGCUGGUGGUCACCUCAAGUUCAAGGACACCUGCUCUGAAACCCCAUCUGGCCAAGCGCUCACACCCGUUGAAAGUGAAUAUGAAGCCGACGAACAAAUCCUCCGUGACAUUACCGCUGGAGUGGGCAAUGUUGUCCUCGAAAACAAUGUGAGCGAUGCCGCCUCCGAAAAACGAUCAGGUACCCGGUCCGAAGGUUAUCUCUGCAGUGGACUCGACAUUUAUCUGACACACGAACCAUGUGUGUGCUGUGCAAUGGCUAUGAUCCAUUCCAGAUUCCGAGUCUGUAUUUUUGCUCGCAAGAUGCCAGGCAGCGGCGGCCUGUGCUCCGAACCCGGCGGCAAUAGACUGGGAUACGGCCUGUUCUGGCGUCGAGAGCUCAACUGGCGAGUCAUGACAUUCCAGCACACGCAAGCGGCUGCGGUCGAAGGCGAAGAAGCCUCGACAGACACGACAAUAUUCCAUGCUUAGGAAGUCAAUUAUUGGGAAUAUCGCACAAGAUCAACAUCAUCAUCCUCAUCAGGCGAAGUCGGCCACUCUGGUCCAAUCGCCACCGCCGUUUUUCCUACGGAACUCAACACCUUCGCCAAAGUAGCCAGCAUCAUUCCAUUGCUUCAUGGUGUGGCCGUCGAAAGGCCCGUUUAUCGCUCCACCGUCUCUGGCAUCAGUCCAUCUAUACUCCCACAGUUGUGCCGUGGCAUCAUCAGCAUUAGCUUGAGCAUCUGUGUCGUCGGGCUGUGGAGGGUCGGUCCAGUCAUUACCAGUUUCUCUUCGAUAUUGUCGAAUGAGCAAUUCUCUUUCCGUGUCGUAAACCUCUGCUUGGCCUCUGCCUAAUAAGAUAGCAGCUGCCCCG